CCUUAAAAAAUUUCCCUUUUUUUAAAUUUGUUUACCGAAAAAAGGGUUCACCAUCCUCUAACCCUAACCCACUCGCCAAAUCAGAUUUAACGCAAAACCUCAUUACCGAGCCCCUGUCAUGAUCGAAACUACCAGCCGCCACCGUCGCCGUAGUAAUCUCCUCGGUCGACAAUACCGUCGCCGUUGGCAACAUCACAGCUGUAGGGUACCGUGCCAAACCAAAGGUCUCUCCCAUUGACGUUCUUCAUCUCGUCGUGAACCACUUGAUCGGAGAACUCCUCUUGCCAUCACGAGGGGCUCUUGGUCGGUCAUCAUCUUCUUGCCGUCGCGAACUCUCUGCACAGCGUCACUGUCUUCCAACGCUUUGUACCCCAACACGCUCCUUUCUCUACAUUUCUCUCAAUUAUGUUGUGGAGUAUUCACCUCGCCGGUGCCUUACUUUGUCCCUCACUGUCAGUAAAAAUGGCUUCAUCAUUUUAUUCAUGAUUUUUUAUUUUUUUUAUUUAUCCUGAUUUGUGAGUUGCUGGUUCAUGUUUUCUCUCAACCUAAAUUGUUGAUGGUCCUCUGAUUCUGAUUUUAAGUUGUUGAAUCUGGAUGCUGAUUAUUCUGAUUGUCAUUUUAAUACUCAAUUGCUCGCAUUCUGGGUCUUUCUUCUGCUAAAACUGGGGUAAUUGUGUUUUUUUUUCUCCAUCAUUUAGUCGAACAAAAAAGUGGAACAAACUUAGGGGUACCAUCAACACAUCACCUUUGUUGCUCCCAAAUCAAAUGACGAAAGUUUCAUUUUUAUUUUAACUCGAUUACAUUAUUUUGUUCUUCUAUGUGUGCUAAAUUUUUAACAACUGGACCUAAUUCUUCCUUUCCCUGCAGAAGCAAUCUUUUAAUGUGGAAAAAUCUUUUUGGAAAUUAAUAAGAAAUGAAAUGUGGGCAGUUUUAGCAUAAAUUCAAUUUGAUUUAUUCAAGCAGCAACAUGUGACUUAGUAGAGACUAAAACAUAACCACUGUUUUAAUUUUCUUCAGGAUAAAUCUAAUGAGAAUUAAUUGGCCGGAUUUGAGUUUAUCUAAAUUAUACAGUCAAUUUUUGAAAAACUUAUUUUAUAUUUGAUUGAGUCAGUUAAAUCCCGAUUGAAAUGCAAUUAACCUCUGAAUCGAAUAUGCAUUUUUAAGCAAUUCAGUGAUGCUACCUCUCAAAGACAACAACUCCAAUGUUAUACUUAGUUACAUCCAUAGGUGGUUGUUUAGUUACGGUCAUUAGUGAUUGCCCCGUGCACAACACAAAUCAUGAUUCAAGGUUCUGGACAGAAGUUACCCUGUUCAUAUAUUCUCAUUCUUUCAAAAGUCAAGAUAUGCCCAACUUUUUUGGAAAUACAUGCAUGUAGAUAUGACUAUAGAUAGAUAGAUACAUAAGGGUAGCCCUUAAUGCUCCGUUCGCCUCAAGAUGUCAUUCAAAAUUAACUUAUGUUAAUUGGUGUCCCAUAGUCAAAUCUUAUAUUCUUAUAUAUAUAUAUAUACAUAUACUUUAUCAGUUGUUUAUUUUGCUUUGUGUUCUGUUUAUUUCUUAUUAGGCUGUGCCCAUAUUUUUUAUACUACUAUCUCUCCUUUUUGUUUUGAGUGAUGAAUUAUUAUGAGUCACGUGAUGCCUCCUAAGAACAUCUAAUUGUAUGUUAUGGUAUCGCCUAUUAUUAAAAGUAAAGAUAGGAGUAACCUUUUCGGCAAUAGAAGCAUAUGAAUAUAACAAGACAUACCUAGACAUGUGUAACCAUGCAUGCCCUGUGCGUGUGCACAUGCCAUUAUCAUGAACCAAUCUUAUGCUGUGUUCUAAUGUACAAGUAUACACCCUUAUUUAUUUAUGUAUUUAUUUAUUUAUUUAUUUAAUACUUGAUUGAGUUAUAUAUAUAAAUUUAUGUUAUAUAUAUUUAAUCUUUAUUUUUAAUUUAUUUAAUCAUCAAUAAUACUGGGUAAUUAUUACAAGAAAUGCAUUCCUUUUGUUGUUAUCUCAUUUAAAUUAAUUUUAAUUUACUUAUUGCUCAUAUAUUUUGUAUAUCGCGUUCACUUUUUCUCUUAUUGAAAAUGUUAUGCUUGAUAUCACCAGGUCGUAUGAGUCAUACUAAUUAACAUUAUUAACUCAUGUUAAUCAAUAACCAAUACUUAAGUUAUGAAAUUAUCACAUCAUGCUACUACGUGUGUACAUUUAGAACAGCUCUCUGAAGUGCAGCAAACACUUUUUGGGCACUUAGAGUUUCCAAUUUUGUUUCGACCUCAUGACAACAACCUCAUUCACCAUCUUCAUCUACAAGCGCCACAAGUGGUUAUAAAUACAUCACCAAGACCAGGAUCAAGCUGAGGGUAUUGAAAAUAUGGUCACUGUCCCCUGCCCAGCAGAAAUACGUAAGACUAACUUUGGAGUUUGUGGCAAUGGACCAGCUGGGAGAUCGCAUCCAAUGUUCCAUUAGGAAUCCACAGCGGAGGCUGUUUGAGGAUGAGUUGGUGGAGGGAAAAAUAUAUACCAUCUGCAACUUUUCAGUUGCCAUUAAUGAUAAAAAAUACAAGGCCACUAAUCAUGCUAGCAGGAUUUACUUUAAGAGGGAUACUCAACUUCGACUGGUUGAUGAUCCAUCCUUUUCUGAGAAUGUCUUCCGAUUUGUUCCCAACGAAGUCAUACUCAACCACACCAACGCUCAGUCGCAUCUUAUAGAUGUCAUUGGUCUUCUGACAGCCAAGGGUGACAUAAUUGAAUUUACUAAAAAUGGAAAGAAGAGCAACUACAUCGUUCUGGAGCUUGACGACAUGGGAAAAGGAAAAAUUCGCUGUACACUUUGGGAGGAGUUCGCAAGUAAGUUGGUCAAACAUAUUCAAGAGCAGCUGACGUCUGAGUAUAUCCUAAUUGUACAAUUCGCUAAGUUCAAUCUAUUUAAAGGUACAAUGGGGAUAUCAAACAUCACCUAUAAUUCAAAUCUUUACAUCAAUGCGGACUUUCAGGCGGUAAAGGAUUUUCGUAAAAGUGUCAUCAUGUCCGGUGUUCCACCUCUAAAUCAACUCUCCCAAAUAACGACUGAACCUGUAUACUCCAUUGAGGAAGAUCUCAUUGACAAGUCAAUAUAUAAAUCCAUUUCUGAGCUCAAGGAAUGCAUUGAGAAUGGGAGCUUUGUUACAAUUGGAACUGUUGUUGCAAUCGAUCCUAAGAACGGUUGGUGGUACAAAAGUUGCAAACAUUGUUUCCAUUCUCUGAAGGAGGCUGAGAACUCAUACCACUGCGCUAAAUGCGACACGUAUCCCACCAUUCACACUCCACGGUAUAGCAUUAAUAUUAAGGUUGUUGAUGACACUGAUUCGGCUGCAUUUCUGCUGUAUGACAAAGAAGCUUCCAAAUUUCUUGGGAUCUCAGCUUUUGAUCUCAGACUUGCACAACUGACCAGGGUAUUGUAUACUAUAUGCAUAUACUAUAGAUACUCUAGAUGCACGGUGGCACCAAUGAGGAAUACCCGAUAGAGCUUAAUUCUUUUAGGGGGAAAAAUUAUCUUCAAAGUCUCCGUGAAGAUGGAGGAUCUUAACUCAUUCCAACCGUGCAAGAUAAUUGUCAUGAAGCUUUGUGGAGACAUGUCUGUCAUAUCAAAAUUUAUUCAGAAGCAUGAUAUAUAUCAGCAAAAUCUGGCAUUAGAGCACUCACAACUGCUCAGCAUGCAAUCUGGGUCUGCAGAGACGCCUAAGGACACAUGUUCACCCUCUGUUGAGAUUUUGGUCGGCGACACUAAUGAGGGUUACUCAACUCCAAAGAGAAACAUUGUUAGUGGCGGAUGGACUAAACAACUUAUUGAUCUCUGUCCGAAUUCUGCCGAAGGAUCAUCCACAAAGUGUAGGAAAUUGAAGGAUGGCCAGGUUGCUGGUGUUGAUAAACCCCAUCAGGAUUAGUGCGCCAAAGCCUGCAAGAGAAAUUACGCAUAGAUUAAUGAUCCACCUAUAAGAUCACACUAUGUUUCGUACUGUUAAUGCUGCUUUCGGUUAAGGUCUUGUGUGCUGUCCUGAACUUAGGGAAUUUUAUAGGUUCCCCUUUACCUAUGUUUUCCAAAUAACGCAUGGUUAUAUACAGUUAAACCAUGCAUGUUGUUGUGUUUGUUUAAUGCUUACUACCCUGUAUGUGCGGAAGGAGCAGUAUCCAUGAUAUGCACCUGCUUACUGUGAUGUUGCUUUUAAUGCUAUCUUAGUAUUUAAUGUGGUCACCCCUUCUAAAUAUCACUCAAAUUACUAUAUGUUGAUUUUCAUGUGUUGGGAAAAAGAAUGAGACAAUUCUAAUGCAUGUAUAGUACCCUUAUGCA